AUGCAGAUAUUGAAAGCAGAGAUUUUUAUUAUCCAGAAUGUUAUUUUGCAAAUUCUUGAUAAUUAUUCCUUAAAUGACUUACUAAAAAUAACCAAAAAAGAUUUGAAAGAAGUAGACAAAGAGUUAAUAAAACAAUUGUUUAAAGAAAAAGUUAGGAGGAAAUUUGCUUCUUCAGAAGAAGAUGAGGGUUAUUAUUCCCAAGAUGAUGAAAGGAAAAAUAAAGAAAAUAAUCUAUUCAAGAAGGUAUACCAAGAAGAAGAAAAAAGAGACAGGAACAAAUCCAAACAAUCAUUGCAGAAAUCAAAAACUACUGAAACUCUAAAGGAACAAAACUCCUCUCCAGAAGAUGAAGGCUACCACUUGGGUGAUGAAGAAGGAAAGGAGACUCCCCCUACUACUCCCCCUUCUGAGGAUGAGGAUGUUUAUGAGUUUAAUGAAGAAGAGCAAAAGGCAUUUUCUCUUUCUGAUUUAGAACAACUAGAACAGUUUUUUAUUCAACAUGAUAUAAAAAAUGUUACUCUUGAUG